AUGUUUAAACGAAGCUCAAAUAGAUACUCGACGCCGAUCGGCAGCUAUAUUAGUCUGCCGCGCGGCGGUUAUAUAGUGAAGAGUCGCCUUGGAAAUAUACAGUUUGGCGUGCCACCAGAGACCAUCAAGGAUUCAAUGGCAAUGAAGUUGGACGUGCCCACGAUCUACGUGUUCCCAGAGGACUUGUGGGACCGCCGCACGGGCAUCAACGCCGCCGAGGCCGAGUUCCCCGCCUACUUCAACUUCUUCAUACUCAAGCGCAAGGUGCUGUUUGUGUGCACGCCCGAGCAGGAGAAGCGCAUUCGCAUCGUCUUCCAGGAGACGCUACUCGGUCCCGUCGACUUCAACCAGAACAAGGACCAUCAUCUGAACCACGACUUCUUGCAGGAGUUCCACAGCACCUAUCCCAAGGAGGAGAUACCCGACAUUGAGCGCGAGUGCAAGUAUCUCAGGACGUUCCAGAGCGUCGACGAGCUGUUUGACUUUGCCCUGUUUGACGAGGCCGGCGUCGCGCGUCUGCCGCAGCAAGUUGAGGUGCACUACAAGAUGGAGGAGGGCACGUUUCAGGUGGUCAACAAGGCGCGCAAUGAUGGCGAGCAGGAUGAAAUAGUGUCUUGUCUGCCGUCCAAGAUCGCAUUCCCCGAUCCCAUCCACUCAAUCUCUGCGAGCAACGAUGUAUUCGAGCCGCCCACAUUCGGAAUCACCAUCAUUGGUUCAUCACAUGGAUUCGAUCCCAAGAAGUCAACAACAGGCUUUGUCCUUUGGGUCAACAAGAGAGGCAUUAUGGUCGAUCCUCCAUUGCACUCGAGUAGCUUCUUGCAGAGUCAGGGAGUGCCAACUAGACGCGUGGACUAUAUCAUUCUGACACAUUGCCAUGCCGAUCAUGACUCGGGAACGUUUCAAAAGCUGUUGGAGGAGUAUCAGAUAACGGUUGUUACCACACCAACCAUCCUCAACUCAUUCCUCAGGAAGUAUAGCGCGUUGUCCAAUCUCAGUCAAGACAUGCUGCGACGACUCUUCAUAUUUAGACCAGUAAUCAUUGGAGAGCCCAUGAAUAUAGCGGGAGCGGAACUAAAGUUUUUCUACACCAUCCAUACGAUACCAACCAUCUCCUUUGAAGUAUUCUUUGGAGGCAAGAGCAUAUACUACUCUGGCGAUACAUGCUUCGAUCCAACAAGAAUCAAGGAGAUGAACUGUAAGAAUAUAAUGAACUCGACGAGGAUGAACUUCUUCUUGAAGCCCUGGAACCAUACGAUAGUAUUGCACGAGGCGGGUGUCCCGCCAAUUCACACGCCGGUAACAGUGCUGGCAUCACUUCCAUGCGAGAUAAAGACUCGACUCUAUCUCGUCCACAUUUCCGAGCAAUCACUUCCCGCCGACAGUGGUCUGAAGAUUGCGCACGAGGGCGUCCGUCACACGCUGCGGCUCGACGUCGAGAAGCACAUGCACUCAGAGGCCGUCGACAUUCUCAAGCUUAUGGAAUCGGUGGACAUCUUCCGCUCGAUCCCUCUGUCACAGGCGGCAGAGAUUCUUCGAACGGCCACGCGCAAGACCUAUCCACAGGGCAGCGUUAUCAUUGCACAGGACUCUGAGCCCGAUGCAUUCUUUGUCGUGGCUUCUGGCAUUGUCAAGGUAUCCGUUGGCGACCUCGAGAAGAACCUUAUCGCUGGCGAUUACUUUGGAGAAAUGUCACUGAUCAUGGGAGGUAGACGGUCGGCCAAAGUAUCAGCAGUAACAGAUGUUGGAGUAUUAGUGUUUAGCAAGGAGGACUUCCUAUCGAUAACAAGGAACAGCACAGAAUCAAUCAACUUUGUAACCAAACUCUGGGAGAUGAGGAAUGAGAAGUCAUGGGAGACCAUCAACCUCAACAGUGUACUCAGCAGAUGUACAAACUCACAGAAGACGGCGCUUCAAUCAAUCCUACACAGGGACCAGAUCAAUGAGAAUGAAUGUCUGUGGAAGCAGGGAGAUACGGCAGAGUAUGGAUGUUUGGUUGCCGAUGGUUCAUUCAUAUUCAAGGAGCAGGACUCACUGGAGAGCUUCACAAAUGGCUCAUUCCUUGGUGAUGUCAAUGCAAUGACCAACGAACCUCCUCUUGUCCACAGGACAACAGUGAUCGCCCAGAAGAAUAGUGUAAUAUACAAAGUAUACUCGAGUGACUUGAACAAGUACUUCCAACACAAUCCUGGCCUGCACAUGGCAUUCCUGGACACAUUGUUUAUCGAUGCCAUUAGAGACCAACCAAUGAACCUUCUUUUGAAUGGCAAGUUGACCUAUUAG